AUGAAUCGAGAUUGCCACGCUUUGUUUGGUGGAGGGCUGUCUAAGCUGAAGGGACAGGCGUGGAAAAUAUUCAUCGAUGUAUCCGCCAACGGAUCACCUACGUUCGAUGCAGACGAUGAAGACGAGGGCAUAACGGGUGGUGUGGUGCAUACCAAACAUGGCAAACCAUUCGCCGAUGUUUCUGGACCAAAGACCACACCGGCCUAUGGCAGUGGGGCGAAACAUGGCGCCACCUCUGUCGAAUCUUUCACUGUUCGCCCGCUGAUGACGAACCGACCGCGGGGAAGUGUAAUGCGCCUGGACAAAGCCGAUAUGGGCCUGUACGGCAUCUGCCCAGAGACGGAUCCAUUCUAUGCGGUAAUCUGUGAUAUCUGCAGCAGUGUGGUAAAACCACAGGGUUUACAAAAACACAUGACAAACCGGCACCAUUCGCUGAUCAAUCACACAGCUAAACUGAAUGCCAAUGGGAACAAUAGUGCCAGCACGACCCCUAUGGCCAGUGUUGGUGGUAGUAACAGCAAGGGCGGCAACUUACUGUCGGAACAGCACCUAACAAACAGCUAUGCAUCGACGGAAAAGACUGAAAGCAUGAUUAGAACCGGUAGUGAUGCAUCGUCAGGCGGUCGCGCGGACAGUAAAACAAUUUCCAGUUCCUAUGGUACGCAGCAGAACGAUGAUGUAACGGGGACGAUGCUAGAACCAUCGACCGCCAGCCCUAUAGUAGUGCCACCGGUAAAGAUACGCUCGUCGGGCAGUGGAAAAGUGAAGAGUAAAAACACGAAAAAUGCUUCCACGCAUGGAACUGGUAGUGGUUCGUCCUCCUCUACCACCUCCAAAUCAUCUGCGGCCGGAUAUGUUGCCAGCAACAACAACAACAGCAACAAUUCGCUUUCGUCUUCGUUCUCGAAAGCUUCCAUUUCGACCACGGGCGAAAGUAAUGACGAUUUUGGGCGUGAAUUUCCGGCCGGUGGUGCAAUCGGUAGCAGUGGCGUACCGCUAGUGCUCAUGAGCAACUGUUCGGGUAUGUUGGAAAAGAAGGCAACGUUUGCGAUCGGUAGCAAUUCGAAUGGAUGCAGCGCUGAGCCGAGUAUGUCCAGCACCGGAGCGACAGCAGCUGGGCCAACGAAAUCGUCCUCGAAGCGUGGCUCCAAGCAAGCUUCCUCUUCCUCAUCCAGUUCCUCACCAUCGUCUUCAUCGUCAUCUUCGUCUUCGUCGUCUUCAUCGUCCUCCUCUUCGUCGUCCUCGAGCAGCAGUAGCAGUAGUAGUAGCAGCAGUAGUAGUGGUAGCAGCAGUAGUUCCGUCAAUGUUCCGCAACAUAUAAAAUCGGAACGGAAAAGUGAUGCGCCGCGUGCACGAGAGUUUGAUCCGGAUCGACAUUGCGGUGUUGUGACGCCAGAUGGUAAACGACACUGUACACGUCCGCUUACCUGCAAGUCACACUCCCUAUCGCAACGCAGAGCCGUGCCGGGCAGGAGUAAAACAUUGGACAAACUGAUAGCGGAAAUGCGCGGUAUGGCGACUAGCAAUGCUCUACCAUCUUCGACGCUAAAGGACGAUAUAGGAGGCACCUCGGCUGCGUUCCUCGAUGUGAUGGAAUCAAACAGCAGCUCGUCUACCGGAUUCGACACUGUUAGCGGGGAAAGGCGAAGCGCUACGGCAGGAGAGAAUCAUGGACGAUCUUCCACUAUGCAAACGGGAGGUUCCACUGGUCCCGAUUCAUCGAUAGGUAAAAGUUCGCAUCACUCUUCUUCCAACUCCUCAUCGCACGCGUCGUCCAGCCAAAAGUUACCAUCGAGCGAUCGUUCGAAGCACAAAACGUCCUCUUCCCGGUCUCACAACAGCAGUUCGUCAACUUCGAAUCCACCGACAAAGUCAUCGAACGUGGUCCAUCAUCGUGCGAUCUCACUUAAGCAUGGACACUCGCGCGAAAACCCGACACAGCAAAUCCAGCAUAUGAUGCAAAACAACACCGUCGAUCUGCUAGGAGCACAAUUUACCAGCGAAGAGCCGGUCCUGGCACAGCAAGAUCAUACUGCGAUCGUAAUGGACGCCAAUACGAAUCUCCUGAAGCUGUCGGUUGAUGGUAGCGACGGAACACAGCAACAGCAGUACGGCACAACUAAUCUUAUGCAAUCCGACGGCUUGACGGUCACCCUUCCAUUAUCUGUGAUAUCCUCAAUGAAUCUGGCCGGCACAAACUUGGUCAACAUGACGCACGGUGGCACACCCGUAGGUGAUGUUGGUACUGGGACCACCGUGGUCAGUACGGGCAAUGCAACAAACUCCAUGCUACCACCCGGAGUUGUUGAUUGCGGAGCUAACGAACCACAAACCACCUUCAUUCCCAGCGAGCUGAUCGAUCAGCUUCCGCUUGACGAUCCUAGCGCUGCGUACCGGUUGACUACACACGCCCCGCCGACAGGCACAGUUGCAGGCCAGAAUUCAAAUGGAUUACCCGAUCUAAGCAUGCCCUCGUACAACGAUCAGAUAAAUUACACGCUACAAACAUUUGCCCACAACCUAGCCCAGUCGGCCGAUGCAGUACAACAGCAGCAACAGCCCCGUCCGCUUCCUGGCGUACAAUCGCAACAGACGACGGAUUUGGUGGACAGUAUCGAUGAUAUCGUGCCGACGAUAAAUCUCCUACCGGCGGCAACUAAUCCGCUAGUCAUACCGCAGCUCCAGGGUGAUCUGGCCGAUUCUAUCAUACUAACGCCGAAUCAGCUGUCAAGUCUGUCGCUAGUCGAGCAACACUUUAUCGACAACAUUUCGGGCUUGAAGGCAGUAUCCGAGAUCGACCCACUUACUGUUAACGGUCCGGUUGAUAUAUCGAAGCUGAUGCUGCUGAAAAAGGUGGACGAAGAGUUCCUUCGGGAAAGGCAUCUCCAGAAGCAACAGCAACAGGCCUUAACUCACACACCCGAACAGCACGAGGAGGCUCGGGGCGUUAAGAUGUGGUACAGUGCGCUACCGAAACCGCUGCACGUAAAUAACUUUCAAUUGCGCCGUCUGGCCGGUGGAUACGUUACAAACCGUAAGCUACUCUCCAUUCGACGUAACCUGAUGCACGAAACUGCCAAUCUGGAAGGUAAACGAUUAAUGUCACCUAGCGGGACAACCAUCUCUGGCACUGCACCUCAUUCCCCGCUCGGUGCAAGUGGGCCGCGAACGGUUGGGCAGCUGAUCGGAGGUCGUACCGGGAGUGAUAUCUUGCUGGCUUCGUUAGCAUCACCGACCGGAGCUGGCAAAGGUAAGAUCGGUAACGAUCAGACUGGCAGCAUGAACGGUGCGACAGGAGGUAUCGGAAGUCCUACGGGUGGAGGUUUAGGUAGUGGCAGUACGGCAAUAAAUCGUACCAGUUCUACGAAUCGUGGUCAGCGCCGUUUAAUUCUGACUACACCCGAACAGGCGGGCCGAUCGGAAAAGUUGUCCUGUCUGCUCAGUAACGCUUAUUUCAAAAAUCUUAUCUCAUCUAUGCAACAAUCGAAAGAGCUGCACAACAAUGCUGGUGCUGCGACUACCGGUAAGAGCGCGGAUGAUGAUGGAUCCGCCGCCGUUAGUAGCAUCGCUUCAACCGACCAGCGUAUAGCGAUGCAUGCAUUGAAACGUAGCGCAUCAUCACUCACAGCACUGUCGAACAAAAGGAUGAAAAUUAUACAUAAUCUGCACAACUCUACUGCACCGCCGUCGGUUCUAUUGCAGGGUAGUGUUGGGGGUGGUGGUGGUGGUAAUAGUGGGAAAAACAAGUCGAAAGUAUUAUAAUCACUACUCAUGCUGAUCCUAACGAUAAUUCGAAACUAUCGCGCCAUGGAUGGUUCCGAUUAC